AUGUGGAGAUUUUUCAGAACUGCCCGUAUGGGCAUGCGGUCUGCUCCCUUCGUGAGCAGAAAAUCACUUUUUACGACAUCUUCUGCUGUUGGUGCUGCUGCCACCGUGUUCACUGGUUCACUCAUCUUUAACGAUAAGUCCGUUAGGUCUCUUGAGGGUGUUGAUGUCGACAGCUCCAUUGACCCAUUCCCUACGGCUGUUACACAGAAAGAAAACAAACUUAUUGGCUCCGACCAUAAGUUGGUGGCAACGGGUGUUAGAUCAGUUACGUUUAUUAGCUUCAAGGUCUAUGGAGUAGGCUUGUAUGUUGCUGCCAAGGAUGAGGGUAAGAUUGCAUCGACAGUAAAGGAGUACUUACAGAAGCACGAAGGAAAGUCAGUAGCAGACUUACUCAAUGACAAAGAGAUUUCCCAGCAAUUAGUUGAUGAUAUUGCUCAAAAGGUGCCCUACGCAGUCAGAAUCACUCCAGUGAGAAACACCGACUUUGGUCACUUGCGUGACGGGUUGACGAAGUCAAUUUUAGCCAGUCCUAUGGCCAAGACCAUCAAGCAAGAGGUUGGUGAGGGUGUGGAACAAUUGAGACAGGUGUUUCUGGGAUUCAAAGGCUCUGUUCCUAAAAAUCAUACGUUGUGGGUGAUCUCCGAUACGAAGAACGUCUCAGUGAGCUACGAGGGCAAGAAGUUGACGGAGAUGGGGGUUAUUAAUGAACCUAGUAUUGCCCGGGUAUUAUUGGUGUUGUAUUUGAGCAACGCCAAACCAUUGAGUGAGUCGUUGAGAAAGAACUUCGUCUCAUAUGUUGAGGGACAAGUCUAA